AUGAUUGAGAAGAUUGAACUGCAGGAGGAACGUGAGCUGAAUGUUGCUCAGACAGGAGAAUCACUCAAGAAUGGGGAGGUGCAUGGAACCACCCUCACAGACUACCAUCCACCCACCCCAUCCCCGAUGACUGGUUUUCAUCGCUAUCAGUUUAUGGUCUUUGAGCAGCCUUCAGAUGUGAUGGUGUCCCUCACUGAUGAGGAGAAAUCUUCACGUGCCAGUUGGAAUCUUCAGGUCUUUGUCACCAGGUUCAACUUUGGAAGUCCUGUGGCUGCUCUGCAGUAUCUCACACAACACUACAAAGACUGAAACACCCAAAGAUGUCAAAGAUGAAAUGUGCCUUUUUAAUAAUGCCAAAUAAUCUCCUCUCUUCUGUACAAUACCAGUAAAGCAACAACAGUUCUUCAAAGCUUACUAUAAACCAUGCCUUCUUGCCCUUUAUCUUAUCACUAGAGUUAGAGUUUGUGUUAAACCAGCUGCCAGGGUCUGAUGCUGCCCCUGUGUCUGUCACAUGGUCCCCAGGGAGCAGAUUGGGAGUUAGAUUUUGACCUCACAGGGGGAUUUUCUUAUUAGUUUCCAAACACCAUUAACUAGAAAGGAAGACAGUCUGAUAUCACAAAUUCAGUGUGGAAAGAGUUGAUUCUAAAUCAGGGGCGGAAACAACGUCAGGGCCAAAAAAAGGAAGUGGGAGGUGAAACCAAGACCUCAACGCAGCCGGAUGCUGCAGUGGAACUUGAACCAAAAUACUCUUCAGAGUAACAGAAGGGGGAGGGGCCAUUGGGCCUGUGGUGUGUUGGGUAAAGGGAACUUACUGUUUGUGCAAUUGUUUUUCAUAUUUCCAUUGACCACUUUCACCCUGAUUGGAAACAAUGAGCUUCUUUUAGAUCAUUUAUCGAUUUUUUUUUUCAGAAGUUAAAAACACUUCUGUGUAAAUGUUGUAAGUGUCCUUGAGUGUAACACUGGAGUGAUGAACCUGUUUUGAACUUUGGACAGUUGCAUAAGAUCUCCACCUGCUCAGUCUGUGGAGAAUGGUGUGUAAACUUCAACUUUUCAACCCUCUCACGAGGAGAUACUUUUCAGACUUGAUGUGUCUUUGUGCAGGGUGGGUCAGAGUACCCCCCAGGAGGCAUAUUGGUUUCUAACCAGCAACUCUCCUCUGAGAGUGGUUUGUAUCAAUAGCCCAGAUGUCUGAAAAAGGCUGGAUUUACAUCAGGGACUUUGAUGUUCUGAUGAUCAAUCUUUAGUUGCUGGUUUCAUUGACCCUAAUUUGGUGUCUCAUCAGUGGUCUAGGCUGGAGUAGGUAAUGGAGGGGUUUUUUGUUCCUUUGGUGGUUAAGCCAGCCUUGGUAAAACCGCUCAGGUGCCCUCUCCGUGAACUCUGGGAGAUCAUCGAUCACAUCGUCCUGCAUCUGCUUUGUUUGCCUGCCCGACUAAUAACAAAAAAGUAGCAAAGCAACGGGCUCCAGACAAACAAAAACAAUGCUCGUACACUCAUUCAGUCUUAGAGAUCACUGCUUCAGAACAAAAGUAAUUGUCAGUUGGAAAUAUGCUAAAUAUUGACCUGGAUUUAUCCACUUUUUUCUGAUCACAUUUUUAACCAUUGGCAAGUGGAGGAUAAUUCCACACACUCAUUGUGGAGUAUGCCAAGUGUGAGAGCAUUCUUCCAAAAAACCACCUACUUGAAUCCACCAGUACACCCUUUAGGAGCCAAAAUGUGUUCUUCCAGAUACACUGUGCAUUUUUACCUUCUUUAUAUCUUGGAGCUAUCCUGCCAAAACAGCUGUGUUUUGCCACUCACCUUCCUCGAACGUGUUUAUUUUUACUCUAAAUGUCAGGAGAGUUGAAAUAUUAUGAUUAAGAAAAACUGACAGCUGUAGUUCAGCGCAGCGCUGCACUUUAUUGCCUCCAAUGAAAAAAAGAUAAUAUUACUUUCUCACAUCCCUUGAUGAUAUGGCAAAGGCAUUUAAUAUUUUCUUAAUUUAUUCAAUCUCA